GAUCAGAAGCACCGCCAGGGCAAGGAGGUUCGCCGCCCGAAGUGGCAUGCGUUGCACCAAGAGACGUUCCAGAAGAACGGCAUCGCGUGGCCCCCUGUCGUCUCGAACGUAUACAGUCCUGCCAGGGUGAAGGCUCUCAGUGGACUCCCAGCGAGGUGCGUCGAGAUCGUAGUGUUCCAUGACCUCGCGAACCCCUUGAGCGAGGUGGGGCCCGAGGAAGUUAUCGAUUUGAACAAUGCCAUUACGCGUUCCCAGGUGGACGUGGGUUGUUCGCCAUGCAUCUGUCCAAAAGCAGUAUUGUGGCUCCGCCGGGCUUUCAGGGUCAUGGAGCCGAACGAGAAGAUGAUGUUGCAAGGCCUGCCCUAUUAUACGUUCGGCGACCUGGAGUCGGCGGGGCUGUCGCCGAGGGACGUGGACGACCUGUCAGGCGACGCGUUCAACGGCGAGUGCGCGCUGGCGGCGUUGUUCAGCUGCCUCUCCACGUACUCGUGGCCCGACGGCACGUCGAGCCAGUCGAGUUUUUAG